AUCGACUUGGGAAUUAAUAAAAAAGGCGCGAAAAAACGAUCUAGUGAUGAACUAUCGGGAGACGAUAAAAAUGAGGAUUCAUCAAAGAAGGAGAUGGAUAAUAAAGACGUGAAAAAACGGAAGACGAAAAAGAGUGAUGCGAUGUUGGGAGACGAUAAAAUUGGGGAAGCUUCAGGGAGCAACAUGGGUUCAGGACAGCGUAAUUUGAAGCGUUCUCGUGAUGCGGUGUUGGUAGAGGAUGAAAAGCAGAGAGAUAAAGAAAAGACCAACCUUUUUGCUAAAAUUGAACAGAGCGAUAAAGAAAAAACUGACCUUAUUGCUAAACUAGAAUAUUACGUCUCAUUAAUCAAGGAACAAAGCUUGCAAGACAAGAACAUGGCUUUAAUAAGUGAAGAACAAAAUGCUUGUGCUAGAGCCAAUAUAUGUUCUGGCCCUAAAACACUAGUCUUGGUAAAUGCAUCAUAUAAUGCACCCGGUCUAUGCUUUGAAGGAGCUAAAUUUGAAUGA